CCGGACGGCGGCGGCGAAGGGGCGGCCGAGCCCCCCCGGGAGUUACGCUGCAGCGACUGCAUCGUGUGGAACCGGCAGCAGACGUGGCUGUGCGUGGUACCCCUGUUCAUCGGCUUCAUCGGCCUGGGGCUCAGCCUCAUGCUCCUCAAAUGGAUCGUGGUGGGCUCCGUCAAGGAGUACGUGCCCACCGACCUGGUGGACUCCAAGGGGAUGGGCCAGGACCCCUUCUUCCUCUCCAAGCCCAGCUCCUUCCCCAAGGCCAUGGAGACCACCACCACGACCCCUUCCACCGCGGCGCCCGUCACCCCCUCCGCCGGCGCCGCCGCCUCUUCCAGGACGCCCAACCGGAUUAGCACCCGCCUGACCACCAUCACGCGGGCGCCCACCCGCUUCCCCGGGCACCGGGUGCCCAUCCGGGCCAGCCCGCGCUCCACCCCAGCACGGAACACUGCGGCCCCCCCGACGGUCCCGUCCGCCACGGCCCCUUUCUUCAGCAGUAGCACGCCGGGCUCCCGACCCCCGGCGCCAGGAAGCCCCAGUACCCAGGCCAUGCCCUCGUGGCCCACUGCGGCAUAUGCUACCUCCUCCUACCUACACGAUUCUACUCCCUCCUGGACCCUGUCUCCCUCCCAGGAUGCUGCCUCCUCCUCCUCCACCACCUCUUCCUCCUCCUCUGCUGCCACCACCACACCAGAAACUAGCACCAGCCCCCAAUUUCGUAAGUAA